GGUGCAGAAUGUUUAUGGCCACCACCACCACACUCUCAGCCGUAACUUUCUCUCUCCUCCUCUCCUUCGUUGCGCAAUGAAUACUGCUUAAUCAAACUCCUGAAUUUUUAACCCACCUUCAAAUUUCACUCCAAAAAAUGGAACAAACAGUGGUACAACUCCACAAUCAAAGCACAUAGGCACAUGUACCAUCUCUUUCACUAUAAAUACCCCUCCUUUCAUUGGAUUUUACUUCCUCUGUCGUUUUCAUUUCAAAUCUUUCCACUUCACACUCCACAGUUAGCCAGAAAAUUUGUAGAUUUUUCUAGGUUUUUUUUUUUUUUUCCUUUUUCUUUUGUUUUUUUUUGUUGAUGUGUUUUUGGAGUGAAAUUCUGGGUUUUUGAGGUAUUUGAGUUUGAUCAAGAAAUGGGUACUGUAGAGAAGAAACAAACAACGGCGGUGGCGAAUGAUCAAACGAUUCGUCAGAUUCUCCUUGUUUCUGCUGGUGCUAGUCACUCUGUUGCUCUUCUCUCUGGAAAUGUGGUUUGCUCUUGGGGAAGAGGAGAGGACGGGCAAUUAGGCCAUGGAGAUCCUGAAGAUCGAUUUGUACCAGUUCAAUUGAGCGCAUUGGAUGAACAUGAGGUUAACUCCAUUACAUGUGGAGCUGACCAUACCCUUGCAUAUUCCGAGCCACGUGUACAAGUCUACAGUUGGGGAUGGGGUGAUUUUGGGAGAUUAGGUCAUGGAAACUCUACCGAUCUGUUCAUUCCCCAUCCAAUCAAGACCUUAGAUAGUGUUAAGAUCAAGCAAAUUGCCUGUGGUGACAGCCACUGUUUGGCAAUCACUAUGGACGGGGAAGUUGCAAGUUGGGGAAGGAACCAAAAUGGCCAGCUUGGUAUUGGCACUGCUGAGGACUCUCUUGUCCCACAAAGGAUUAAAGCCUUCCAGGGAACACCUGUGAAAAUGGUUGCUGCUGGUGCUGAGCAUAGUGCUGCUGUCACAGAAGCUGGUGAUGUGUAUGGCUGGGGAUGGGGCCGAUACGGAAAUUUGGGCUUAGGUGACAGAAAGGAUCGCUUAGUUCCCGAGAAAUCUUCGUCAAUUGAUGGUAUAAAGAUGGUUCAUGUUGCAUGCGGAUGGAGGCAUACAAUAACUGUUACCUCUUCUGGCAGUAUAUACACAUACGGAUGGAGUAAAUAUGGUCAACUUGGGCAUGGGGAUUUUGAAGAUCACUUAACUCCUUGCAAAUUGGAAGCUCUAAGUGGCCAAAUCAUUUCUCAGAUAUCAGGUGGUUGGAGACAUACCAUGGCAGUUACUUCAGAUGGAAAGCUUUAUGGCUGGGGAUGGAAUAAGUUUGGACAGGUGGGUGUGGGGGACAAUGAUGAUCGCUGCUCUCCCGUGCAAGUUUUGUUUCCCAAUGAUCAGAAAGUAGUGCAAAUAUGCUGUGGAUGGAGGCAUACAUUGGCUGUUACUGAGAGGAACAACGUGUUUUCUUGGGGAAGAGGUACUAAUGGACAGCUUGGGCAUGGGGACUCUGUUGAUAGAAACUCUCCAACGCUGAUAGAGGCCUUGAGCGUGGAUGGAUCUGGUGGUCAAAGGAUCGAGUCCUCAAAAGCCGACCCAUCAGCAGGGAAAAAAUUGAUUCCACCAUCAGGAAGAUAUGCUGUCGUCCCUGAUGAAACUGAGCAAGCUUCAGCUACAGGCACGAGAGACAAUGGCGGUGAUGCAAGUGUACCAGAAAAUGACGUCAAAAGGAUACGUAUCGACCCUGGACUUGCUUAGCUUAAGUGCUUAAUUAAGAUAUUAUUAAGGAAUCUUGCAAUAAAUUCAGUUUCUUCUGAGCUUCAUGGGACUAGUCUGCCUGUUUUUUGUAAAUAUUCAUCUGCUAGUCAAGAUAAACUCCAUUUGGGAUAUAUUCCAUCGAUCAACUCCAUUGUUUUGGUACCUAUCAUUGUUUACAUCCCUGUUGCUUUUACGCCGAAUAUUUGACUGUAUAAUUGAGAUCAUGGAAAGAGUUUGCAGAAUUGCAGUUGCUUCUAA